AUGGUAGCAGAUGACUGGCUGCGUUCAGGGAACAAGAACUUAGUGACUGUGGGCUGCACAGACACUGAGAAAGUGAGGUUUACAGCACACUUUUUGGAGGGACCAGCCGCAUAUUGGUGGGAGAACUACCUGAUCACCAACCCGAUUGAAGACGUCACUUGGGAGAUGUUCCAGGAUGCUUUCCGCACCGCCCAUAUCUCCGCGGGAGUGCUAAGCCUGAGGAAGAAAGAGUUUCGCAAACUGAAACAAGGAACCCGCACUGUGAUGGAAUAUAUUGAGGAAUUCAACAAGCUGUCUCGCUAUGCACCUGAUGAAGUCAAUACCGAUGCCAAGCGCCGUGAGAGGUUUUUGGAUGGACUGAACGACGAGCUUUCUGUUCACCUGGCAGUUUCUUACACCCCCACCUAUCAAUCUUUAGUAGACAAGGCAUUUAUCUUGGAAGACAAGAUUAAUCAGAUUGAGGGCCGCAAGAAAAGAUAUCGCCAUGGAAGCAAUAACACUGGAUCACACCAGAAGCCGCGCACCUCUUAUGAGGGUAGUGGUAGUUCAUCUAGGAUCAAACAUGGCAGCCACCACCACCACCACAUCCAUGGAGGGAAUGGCCACCAUGAGCACUAUCAUGGGAAUAGACACCGACACCAGCACAAGAGCAAUGACCACGGCAGAGCAAACAACAACGAGCAGAACCAGAAUGUCGGCUUCACCCAGUUUGACCUGAGUCAAGUGGAAUGUUUCAAGUGCCACAAGAUGGGGCAUUACUCGAAUGAUUGCCUGGAGAGGUUCGAAGGGAAUGGAGUCAAGCCCACCCCGUUUCUGGAAGGUCAUGUGAACCAGGUCAGUGUGGAAGAAAUCAUAGAGCCGGGCAUUAUGAUUGGUACAUUCCGCGUGAAUUCUUUCCAAGCACUCGUACUCUUUGACACCGGUGCAUCACAUUCAUUCAUAUCAAGAAUGUUCGUGAACAAGAAUAAGAUACCUACAAACACCCUAAGAAACCCUUUGAGAGUGAGUUCACCUGGAGGACAAAUGGUAGCGACUCAAGGGUGCCGCCAGUUAUCCCUAGAGAUUGGGAAGCACACUUUUCCCUCCGACCUUAUUGUGUUAGAUUCCCGAGGUCUGGACAUAAUUCUGGGAAUGGAUUGGAGGACCUUAUAUGAAGGACUGGUAGACUGCGCCAAGAGAAUAGUUACACUCACGACACCUGAGAAGAAGCAAAUCCGCUCCAAGUCUACUAUGGAACUUAAGAGACCUAAGGUUAAUUCUCUUAAGGGGGUUAGCAUGGAAGAGGUAGCCAUAGUAAAGGAAUGCCCGGAUGUUUUCCCAGAGGAAUUACCAGGCAUGCCACCAGACCGAGAUGUUGAGUUUCUCAUUGAGCUAAUGCCUGGAAGUGGACCCAUAGCCAAGAGACCAUAUAAGAUGGCUGUGAAUGAAUUGAAGGAAUUGAAGAAGCAGCUAGCGGAACAGUUAGCAAAAGAGAUGGACAUUCCCAAAACAGCUUUCACCACUAGGUAUGGACUGUAUGAGUACACCGUGAUGCCUUUUGGAUUGACCAAUGCACCUGCAUACUUCAUGAACAUGAUGAACAAGGUGUUCAUGGAAUUCUUGGACAAGUUUGUCGUGGUAUUCAUUGAUGACAUUUUGAUCUAUUCCAAGAGCAAGGAAGAGCAUGAGCAGCAUCUGCGCAUGAUUUUGGAGAAGUUGAGAGCACACCAACUGUAUGCCAAAUUCAGCAAGUGUGAAUUUUGGUUGUCAGAAGUCAGUUUUCUAGGGCACAUCGUGUCAGGAGCAGGAGUUGCUGUCGACCCAGCUAAGAUAGCGGCAGUGACAGAUUGGGAAGCACCUAAGAAUGUUGGUGAUGUCCGCAGCUUCCUAGGACUUGCUGGCUACUACAGGAGGUUCAUUGAGAAUUUUUCCAAGAUAGCUAAACCCAUGACGGAACUCUUAAAGAAAGAGAAGAAGUUUGCCUGGAAUGAGAAAUGCGAAGAGAGUUUCCAGGAGUUAAAGAAAAGAUUGGUGUCCGCACCUAUUCUAAUGCUACCAAACCUGCAAGAAGACUUUCAAGUUUAUUGCGACGCUUCACGUCAAGGUUUGGGAGGAGUAUUGAUGCAGGAUGGGAAAGUUGUAGCAUACGCUUCGCGGCAACUGAAGAGCCAUGAGGGCAAUUACCCCACUCAUGAUCUGGAAUUAGCAUCAGUAGUGCACGCCUUGAAGACUUGGAGACACUAUCUGAUGGGGAAGCACUGUGAGUUGUUCACGGAUCAUAAAAGCCUGAAAUAUAUAUUCACCCAAAAGAAGUUGAAUCUGAGACAACGGAGAUGGUUAGAACGUAUAAAAGAUUACGACCUGAAUUUACAAUACCAUCCAGGCAAGGCUAAUUCUCUAGGAACGAGACUAGAAUUCAGUACAGCCUUUCAUUCGCAGACGGAUGGACAGACCGAGAGAGUAAAUUAG